CUCAAACGCAUUGCCCAUCGUCAAUGAGCUAUCAAUGUUAUGUAAUUACGCAUCAUCACGGAAACUUGAAGAAGCAGAAUGUCCUUAUAAUUAAGCCAACAAACGGGAUUCAACCUGUCCAAGACUUCGCAAGGCGCUGCCCUCUGCCCUUCACGCUUCAAACACCGCCACAAGAUUCGGUGCGAAUGAAAACUCGAUGAAUGGAACAACAUGAAUCCAACCAAACUUGGACACUCUUUCUCACAAAACACAAAACCAUCCUCACAACAAAUCAAUCAAAGCCAUCCAGCCAACCAAUACGAGAAAACCAACCCAAACAGAAUAAGAAACUACCAUGACUUCUACUUCUCCAAAGGCAGCAGAGAAAAGGAAUGAGCUCAUUCGCUUGGAGGUCCUGGCGGAAACAAUGGAAGAGAAGAUGUUUCGCGCCAAUCUGGUUCAUGAUCAUUUCCACAUGUUGCGGCAAGUUCCCAGAUCAUUCUUUGGAAGUGAUGUGGUCACUAUGUUGAGGGCAAUCCUUCAAAUGCAGGAUGACAGCACACCCUUUAUAACACGCGAUCAAGCACUUCAAGUUGGUCGCCAAAUCGAGACAGAGUUCCAGUUCUUUUCCCACGUCGACAAUCACACUCACUCCAAGAAAAAGAAGAAGAACAAGAAGGAGGGCACCAUAAAGAUCUUGCAAGACAGCAACAAAGACCUUUACCAAUUCCAUCACAACCUUCCAGUGCAAGUCCACAAGACGAAGAAAAAGUACCCUGGUUUGUGGGACAAGGCACACUUCUUGGAAGCGCACUUGGAGUUCAAUGCUCAACAACAAGAACAAUGGGGACUCGUGACGAUGCGUAAAACAAUCCAUCAGAAUGGCUUUGUCGCCAAAGAGGCUGUGGACUGUCUGAUGGACCACAAGAUGGUCCGUUCGCGUGGAGAAGCCGUCUACGUGAUGAACAAGCUGAUUGAGCGCAUCCACUUUUGUCGGGCAUUCCAAAAGUCAGGUAACAAUGAGUUCCAAGACGACUGUCAGAUCUAUCAGCUCAUCCCUUUGGAUCAACGGAACCCUGAGCCCAAGAUGCGCUCCACCCGCAAACCCCGCAAAACAGAGUCGUUGUCCUUGUCACCCAGACCCAAGAAGAGGGACACUGCCUUCAGCAGCAUUGAUGAAUCGUUGAGGACUGCCAGUAGCAGUGGAUCCUCCAAGGCAAUUAUCAAGGACAAGGCCUAUUUUAAAGAUCGAGUGAGCAUUGUUCGAAGUGGAGUGAGUGCGUAUCAUGCACAAAGAAAGGCCAUGGUACCCAAGACCGCUUAG